AUGCUCGCCCGCCCGUCUUCGGCGCGCGUUCUUCACCGACAAUCGAGAUCCUGCGCGCUGCCCAGCUGGACGCUCGAGUCGCUGCGCGUGACGUAUAGCGACGACACGUACACGCCGGGGACGGCGCAGCUCAACAUCACCAGCUCGGCUACCAACCGGACCGAGGCCGUGUCGUGCGACCUGCAAUUCAACAGCCUGUGCCAGAUAUUCGGCACGGCGGCCGAUGCCGCCCUGCAGAUCUACCUGCAGGUGAACCUCGACGCUGCAGUUAUCUCGUUCAACGAGUCCUGGACGGGCUGCAGCCCUAAUGGUCAGCCCGGGGUUCCGGUGCUACCGUCUUUUGCCGUAGGCUCCAGCGAAUUCGAGGUCGUCUGUCCAGCUCAGAUCGAAGACACCAUGUCGUGUACGGGCCCGGUUGGGGGCCCACUGUUGGUCAACACCAGCAUUGUCGCGUCCACGCCUGAAACAGACAUCUAA